UGUACAGACCACUUUUUGCUCAACAUUCCGUGGUCACUAAGAUCUAAAAUGUAAAUAUUCAUAUACAAGAGUGAUUAAGACAGGUUGCUUUAAGUUCUUUAUGAAUAAAAGUUUGUUGUUUUAACUGCACUAAAUACAGCUACCAUGUUUUCAGGUUCGCGGACGCUACAAAUGCUCAUAAAAUCACUGUGCAUAACAUGCUUACUCAGUUUGGAAAUUAAAACUAGCCGAAAUGGAAUUCGUUUGAAACGUCAAACAUCAAACACUUCUCCAUCGUUUUCUAAAGCCGAGUACAGGGCCUCAAUUCCGGAAAAUCAAGCUGCGGGGCUUUCUGUUAUAUUGCUUACUGCAACAGAUCCGAACCAGGGAGAAAAUGGCAAGAAUCAUACUGUGCCGAAAUUUGAUAAACCAGUCUAUGAUGCAAGUGUUAGUGAGGCAGCAUUUGACGGACAUCUUGUUACAACCGUACAUGCAUCGGAUGCAGACUCUGGGACCAAUGCACAGAUAAACUACAGGUUUUCUGACAUUGGAUCUGGUUACAGUGACUUUGAAAUUGAUGAUGCUAGUGGUGAUAUCCGUGUUGCUAACGGUAGCAAGAUUGACAGAGAGAAACGUAAUGAUUACACACUAAUAGUGUUAGCUGUAGAAAAAGGAGUAAUUCCAUUAACCGGAUCGGUUGAAGUUAGAAUUAGGAUUGAAGAUAUCAAUGACAAUGCUCCAAAGUUUGCAAAAGAUGAACUUAUUGCCGUGGUACCAGAAAAUCUAAACAUUGGUUCAACUCUUGCUGUUAUAGAAGCAGUAGAUCCAGAUGAAGGAGUUAAUGCUAAUGUGGAAUAUACGUUAGAAGGUGGAUUAGAUGCAGAUAAAUUUCUCUUAGCAAAUCGGCCAGGCGGUCCUGCAAUUAUUGUAAAUCGUGUUGACCUGGAUUUUGAAUCUGAUAAAAAGGAAUAUUAUAUCCAACUGAAAGCAUCGUCUGGGACAUUAUUUUCUAGAGCAUUGGUCAUCAUCAAAGUGCAAGAUGUUAAUGACAACAGCCCGGUGUUUUCUGUUAAACAAGUGUAUGCUCAGAUAUCCAACGAUGCACCAUUAGGUCAAUAUGUGACACAUUUGACCGCCACCGACAAAGACUUGGGACUCAAUGCUAUCAUAACAUACAAUAUCGUCAAAGGUAACAGUGAGCAAAUUUUUGGAAUUGGAAUUAAAACAGGUAUCAUAACGUUGGAAAGAACAAUCAAUUAUACAAACAAUAACAAUUUCAUUCUGACCGUUACUGCUUCUGAUGGAAUUAACUUUGACACCUCAAAGGUUUAUAUAAAUGUAACAUAUUCAAACAAAUACGCACUGUCGUUUCUAAAUGAAUCUUAUCAAUUUAAUGUAUAUGAAAAUGUGGCUGUUGGUACUUCAAUUGGUAAAGUUCAAGCGGUAGUAACAGGCGCUGCUCAGAAUGGCGGAAUAACUUAUCAACUCUUGAAAACGCAAGAAUUCACUAUCAACCCUGGUAGUGGUGAAAUAAGAACCCUUGUACAGCUUGAUCGUGAAAUACAAUUGGCAUACUGGUUUGAGGUUCGUGUAAGUGAAAACGCUGAUCGAACAAAUCAAGCCACCACUACGGUUUCUGUAUCCUUGAUAGAUCAAAACGAUAAUCCUCCUUAUUUUUCAAAAUCAGUUUACGAAGCGUCCAUUACAAAACCUGUGACAGCUGGGAGAAUAGUAACGACCGUCCGUGCCGCUGAUGCUGACUCUGGCAAUAAUUCUAAGAUCAGGUAUAGUUUAAAUAUUGCUAACAGCAUUCUCAAUGACUUUAAAAUUGACAGUAUGAGUGGAGUCAUAUAUAUUGCACAAUCCAAUACCAUAGACAAGGAAUCUACGAAAACUUACACAAUGACAGUGUUAGCAGUGGAUGGUGGAGUUGUUCCAUGCACAGCUCAGUCGUUAGUAAGAGUAAAAGUUGAAUCUGAGGUUGUUCCAGUAGGAUAGGUUUGAACGAGACGGGGCAACGUAUACUAGUGUAUUAGCACCGUUUACUGUAGCAAGAACGUUUUUAUCAAAGAAGAAACAAGAAAAAGAUUCCUUUCUAGUCUUACUAUUAGUUCAUUUUCAUAUUUUUAGCUCACCUGUCACGUAGUGACAGGGUGAACGUUUGAGAUCGCCCUGCGUCCGUCGGUGUCGUACGUCCACAAUUCUUUGUGAACACGACAGAGACCUGCCAGAUAUCUUGCCAGAUAUCAUCAUGGGUUCCAGAGUUAUGCCCGCUUAAAGAGCCAAAAUUUGCUAAUUUGGCUUGUGAACACGAUAGAGACCACACUUUGCAAUCAUUUUUAAUCAAACUUGCACACAACUUGUAUUGGCAGAGUAUCUCUGUUCCUUUCGAGAACUGGCUAGAUCCCAUCAUAGGUUCCAGAGUUAUGGCCCCUUAAAGGGCUGAAUUUGCUAUUUUGGCUUUUGCAGCCAUAUAGAGACUUUAUUUAUGGUUUGAUUUGAAACAAAUUUGCAAAAUAUCUUUAGCAAGAAUAGUUCUUCCAUGAUGAAUUCGUUAGAUCCGAUCAUAGGUUUCGGAGUUAUGGCCCCUGAUUGAACCUUGAAAGAGCCAAAAUUUGUUAUUUUUUACCUUGUGAACACGAUAGAAGUGACAUUUUACGUUUUAAGUCACAAUAAGAUUUAGCUUCCUUUCAACCGGCUAGAUUCCAUCAUGGGUUCUACAGUUACUGCACCUGAAAGGGACAAAGUUUUCUGUUUUGGCCCUUUCAGCCAUAUAGAGGUUUCAUUUAUGCUUUGACUUGAAACAAACUUGCACAGAAUGCUUUACUUAAUGAUCUCUAGGCUAAGUUUGAAACUUGAUCAUGUGGGGUCAUAAACUAGGUCAACAAGUCAAAUAAAAAGAAAAACUUGUUAACACGCUAGAGGUCACAUUUGCAAACCUAUCUUUAUGAAACUUAGUCAGAAUGUUUACCUUGAUGAUUCCUAUGCCAGAUUAAAAACCGGGUCAUAUGGGGUCAAAACCUAGGUCACUCAGUCAAAUUAAAGGAAAAGCUUGUUAUCAUUCUUGAUACCAUAUUUAUGACCCUGUCUUCAUGAAACUUGGUAAUAAAGAAUAAGUUUGAAACGGGGUCAUGUGGGGUCAAAAACUAGGUCACCCACUCAAAUCUUAGGAAAAGCUUGUUAACACUCUAGAGGCCAUAUUUAUGAUCCUAUCUUCAUGAAACUUGGUAAGAAUGUUUAACUUGAUGAUUCCUAGGCCAAGUUCGAAACUGGGUCAUGUGGGGUCAAAACCUAGGUCACCACUCAAAUCAAAGGAAAAGCUUGUUUUACAUAGACUUACUUUUUUAGAAGUAAUGGCAAAGAAAUUUGGACCACAAGUAUAAUGUUUGAUACAGAUUUCAAUAUUUUUAAUCUUGACCUCCUGGCCUAUUUUGUUUUUGGUUUUGAAGUUACAGCAAAGAAAUUUGGAUCACAUGCAGAUUCAAUAUUUAUCUUGAAUAAUCUUAAUCAUGACCUACUGACCUACUUCCUUGUUUCUGAAGAUACGGCAUAGAAAUUUGGACCACGUUUAUAACUUUUGAUACAAAUUUCAAUACUCAUCUUUAAUAUUCUUAAACCUGACCUGCUGACCUACUUUCUUAUUUUUGAAGCUACAGCAAAGAAAUAAGGACCACGUUUAUAACUUUUGAUAAAAAAUUCAAUACUCAUCUUUAAUAUUCUUAAACAUGACCUGCUGACCUACUUUCUUGUUUUUGAAGCUACAGCAAAAUAAUUUGGAUCACAAGUGUAGUGUUUGAUACAGAUUUCAAUACUCAUCUUGAAUAUUCUUAACCCUGACCUACUGGCCUACUUUCUUGUUUUUGAAGCUACAGCAAAGAGAUUUGAACCACCUGUACAAUUUUGUAAUAGAUUUCAGUAGUUUUCUUGAAUACAUGUAAUCUGUACCAUGACUUACUCACCUAGUUUUUUUUUUUUUUUUUUAAAGCUUUAGCAAAGAAAUUUGUUCAAGCAAGCAACUAAACUCAGGUGAACGAUAUAGGGCCAUCAUGGCCCUCUUGUAUAAGUUUUCAAACACUGAAUUUAAAUAUCUUUAAAUACUUAAGUUGUGUUGAUUUCUUGUAAGCUUUAAUAAUAUAUAUAAAUGCACAUAUAUUCAUAUAGAUGGGAAAAAAGCUUUAUACACUUUUCAUAUAGACAGAUUAAAGACAGGUGUGUUUACCUUGCAAUAGCUUAAUAAGAUUGAAUAUUGUGGAUGAACUAAAAGAGUUACUCAGCAUGCUUCUACAGAUCAAUUUAUUUCUAUAUACAUUUUUUGUAUUUAUCUGAGCAUCUGAAUGAUAUCAAUGAAAAGUAAAAAAAAAAAGAAAAAAAAGAAAUACAUGUACUGUUAAAUGUUUGGUGAUGAAUCAUUUUAUUUAAAUGUUUAUUUUCUCAGUAAAUAAAUUUGUAUUGAAAAAUAUUGUGUGGUUUAUUCUGUAAUAAUUUAUUCUAACUAGCCCUCUUAAAUGUUCAUGACUAUUUUUUGGCAGAUAGGAUUCUAACAGAAUUAAAAUCUCAGUGAUAACGGAUCCUUCAAUUUAAGUACUAAUUUGCAGUUUUGUUCUCAAAUUCAUAACAAGUUAAUUUCUCGAUAGUUCAUUGGAAAAGAGCACAUAUUAUCUUUUUUUUUUUUCAUUUUUAAGGGUUUAAUUAAAGCUUUAAGAUUUUCGGAGAAUUGAUUGAUAAACCUAAAAGAAUUCUGGCAAAUUAGUUUACAACCCGAUUUACGAAAUAUACCGGAAUUUGAAAAACAAGACGCAGAACCAGUAAAAAUUGCCUGUCUGACAUUGCGUGUAUGAACUUUAAUGGCCUCGUAUUUCUUUCAUCUUUAGCCUGCUGGCUGAUUCUGCCUUUGCGACCAGUGUAGACCAAGAUCAGUCUGCUCUUCGCUAUUCAGUCAGUUUUUUUUUCAGUGAACACCUCCCGAAUUAAGAAAGGUAUUGCCGAAAUUGAAUGAUGGACCAGUCCAUUUUAGAAAUUCAACAGGUUAAAGUUUAAUGAGGACUUCAAGUCAAAUCAAGUCAAGUCAAGUCAAGUAAAUUUUAUUUACAAAGUCGG